GGUGCGAUGUAUAAUAUCUGACUUGACAGCGCUGGAAGGAAAAGGCGUAGCUAGUAAACACACAGCGGACAUUUAAACACCGUCUUAUUAAGUCUUUUCUCCGGUUCAUACAGAGUCUGCCGGUGUCGUAUGUUUCGCUGUAACCGUCCGUGGUUGUCACAGUGACUGUCAGCGUCCCAAAAAAUAAAAAAAAGACUGAAGAAGAAGAGAGAAGCUAGCUAGCAUAGCCACCUAGCCGCCGCCCCGCAGCUAGCUUUAGCAUUAGCAUCAGACGACAAAGAUGAUAGCGCUAAUUAACAAACUGCUGGACUGGUUCAAGGCGCUCUUCUGGAAAGAAGAGAUGGAGCUGACCCUGGUGGGGCUGCAGUACUCAGGGAAAACCACCUUCGUCAACGUGAUAGCGUCUGGCCAGUUCAGUGAGGACAUGAUUCCUACGGUUGGAUUCAACAUGAGGAAGAUCACUAAGGGCAACGUCACCAUCAAGUUGUGGGAUAUCGGCGGCCAGCCUCGGUUCAGGAGCAUGUGGGAGCGUUACUGUCGAGGAGUCAGCGCUAUUGUCUACAUGGUGGACGCAGCCGACCCAGAGAAGAUCGAAGCCUCCAAGAACGAACUCCACAACCUGCUGGACAAACCUCAGCUGCAGGGAAUUCCUGUUUUGGUUCUGGGCAACAAGAGGGACCUACAAGGAGCUCUGGAUGAGAAGGAGCUCAUAGAGAGGAUGAACCUGUCGGCCAUCCAGGACAGAGAGAUCUGCUGUUACUCCAUCUCCUGCAAGGAGAAAGACAACAUCGACAUCACUCUUCAGUGGUUGAUCCAGCACUCCCGGACUAAGAGGAGUUCCUGAGAACAGACCACGCCCCCAACAGAGCAGGCCACGCCCACCUGUCAUCUCUCUCUCUCUCUCUCUCACACACACACACACACACACACACACACACACACACACACACACACACACACACACAGACAGACACUUGUUCUUUGAUCAAACCCCCUCCUCCUUCCUUCCAUCUGCCCAUCCUUGUAUUAAAGCCCGGUCCCUGCCACCCUGACAGGAUGCACUGAUACCUCGUUUUUUAUCGAGUAUUGAAUGAAGUAUCAAAGCAUGACGCCCAGAUGCAGGUAGAACAUGUCAGAAACCAAAAAAACCAAAGCCUCCUGAUCAUCUUCCGGUUUCCUCGCGCAGACAAAGGUCACUUCUUGUCAGGGUUUUAAAAUUAUGACAAACUGAGAAUCAGGGCUGCAGCUACCGAUUAUUUUCUGCAUUAAUGGAUCGAAUAGAAAUAUGUCGUGAAGCCCAAGAUGACCUCUUUACACGUCUGGUUCUGUCCACGACUCGAAGAUCUUCAGUUUCCUGUCCCGGAGGAGAGAAGACACUAGAACAAUAUUCACAUUGAACACGCUGACAUCACACAUUAUUUCAUAAAAAAUAUCUCAAACCGAUAAUCAGAUUAAAUUGACAACAAGUUAAUUAAUCUUUGCAGCUUUUCCUGGAAUAUAUCACAAACUACACACACACAGACACAUAGAGACACACACACACAGAGAGACAGACACACACACACAGAGACACACAGACACACA